GCUAGCUAUUGUAGUCCUUGACCGUACAGUGCCGUGCUGUCUUCUUGUCUUUCACAGUAUCAUACACUAGUCAAACUGAAAAAGUAUUGCAUAUGCAGCCAUGAAUCUUAAGUUUCUAAUCAUUGGUGUUGUGAGUGCCAUCAUACUGGCUGUAGCUAUAGUCCUAGCUGUUGUGUUGAGUAGGAAGGACAAGGAUGACAAGCCGAAACCAAAACUGACAAUUCAAGAACGAGUCAUGGCUGCUUUAGAAGACGUGCCACUGAUCGAUGGGCACAAUGAUCUUCCCUGGCAGCUACGAUCAUACUAUUCAAACCGACUGGCCAACAUCACUCUCGACAAAGGAAYCCCAUUUCUACACACUGACAUCCCAAGACUGCGGAAAGGCAUGGUAGCGGGUCAGUUUUGGGCAGCCUUCAUCUCCUGCGUAAAUCAAUACAAAAACGCUGUGCGACUGUUCCUUGAACAAAUGGACGUCAUCCAUCGAUUUACCGAAAAGUAUCCCGACACCUUCGUGUUUGUUACCACCGCGCAAGGUAUUCUGGAUGCUCACAAGAAUAAGAAGAUUGCGUCAUUAAUUGGAGUCGAGGGGGGUCAUGCUAUUGACAGCAGUCUAGAUACUUUACGCAUGCUCUAUGACUUGGGUGCUCGUUACAUGACUCUUACGCACGGAUGUCACACACCAUGGUAAGUCACGCGUCAUGCA